AUGAGGUGAGUUCUUUUUUUUCUUUUUCUUUAAGGACGGGUUGAUAAAUGCAAGCGCUUUUUUAUUGCGCAAGUUUUCUUUUGCACAAGAGGUAAUAUGCAAAAACGUUUCAAAACAUAUUUUAUCGAAAACGAAAACUUUUACAGAUGCUUAUAGACUUUAUGCCGUGUUCAAAGUAAAUUCCGCGAAAUGCGAAAUGGUCUCUGACCCUCCAAAAUUCAGUUAUCUUUCUCUUUCUCUGACGGCUAUUUUGAAUUUCGCGGAGUCACUUUAAACACGGCAUUAGGAUGGUAGAGUUGUGGUUUGUUUCAAAUAUUUUACAUGAUUCCGUCAAAUAAAAGUUUACGCUGCGUGUAAAGCGAGUUUGAUUCGCGUAGUGAAAGAGUUUUCAGUUAAGCGACUCGAGCCCAAACGCAGUGGAUUCCCACAGCGUGAUUAGACGCCUCCGCUUUUUUUGAGUAAUGUCCAGUGUAAAUUUACUUUUAAAAUUUCUAUCUCGCCAAAUGGACAGAGCCAACUAAUCACGUACUUUAGAACGAGGAGAACUGUUUUUGCACGCACGUCAAACUUUUAAACGCGGUUAGAUAUUAAAAGUUCUCCUAAGGGAUGCUAAGUAUGCUAUAAUUAUAAAUGAGUAGAUCAUUUUGAAAGACUCCAACCUCUUUUUCCGAGUCUGCUUAGCUAUAACUCGGUGACACAUAGGGGUAAACAUCUAGGUUUUUUUUUUCGGUCACUAUAAACUCUUAGAAGACAAAACUCAUAAUCACUCCUUUUUUUUCUCUCAAAACUUUUAUCAGUCAACUACAUCUCCUGAACUUCUGGAGCUCUGUACUUUCCCACGAAUGGCUAUGAUGAUAAACAUUGGUCUAAAUUUCGCAAUCAACUCGAAGCAACUCAAAACACAUCAUUAUAAAGCUCAUCUUUUGUUAAGUGUCAUCGAAAGCUUGGUUCCUAUCAUCAUUUUCAGUGAACCUUUUCGUAGUUAUAUAUAUUAGCCAACUGUCAAAUAUAUAAGUCUUUGUUUGAAAUUUUGGAAAAAAAAAUGGUUUAAAACUAUUGCGGAAGUUUGCAUUCAAUAGGAAACAAUGAAAAAUGUCUCAACAUCGUCUUUCAGUAACUUGCGCCUGCAGAAACGCCUUGCAUCGGCGGUCUUGAAAUGCGGAAAGAACCGCAUAUGGCUUGACCCCAACGAGGUCAGCGAAAUUUCCGGUGCCAACUCUCGUCAGAGCAUUCGUCGCCUCGUCAACGACGGAUUGAUUAUCAGAAAGCCCGAAGCUGUCCACACUCGAUUCCGCGCAAGAAAGUACUUGGAAGCUCGACGAAAGGUUUUUUUUUUUGUCAUCUUUCUAAUUUCAAAUAUCAAAGGUUUGGCAUACUCUUUUUAAUAUUUGAAAUGGUUUCAAAUGAGUCCAAUAAUCUCUUUUUCUAAGUUUUGAAAGAGAUAGGAUCGAUCGUUUGAAAACUUUGCUUGUCGAGAGCAGUUUAAAGUUUCGUUUCUCCUAGAGAGAAAUAAUUCUAGAGAAGAUUUUUUUUAGAAAACUUUUCUCUCAGUCUGACUAAAGGGCUCGCACAUGCUCUGAGUGGGGAUAUAAUCCAUUAAUUUUAAUUAGUUCUGUACAAAUAUUUCGAUAGAUAGUGAUCCAAUGGCUCGGUAGGACUGUCGUAAAGUUUUUUUCUAAGUAGCCUCCUUUUUUGAGAAUCUCUCAAGUUACCUCUGAAGCUGUAUAAGAAUUUACGUGUUCGAAGUGAUUCCACAAAAUACGAAAUAGCUAUCAGAAAGUGAAAAAAAAAACUGAAUUUUGGAAAUUCAGAGAUAAUUUUUGAUUUUGCGGAAAUUACUUUGAUCACGGCAUAAUAAAUUUCGAGACUUUGUUUUUCAAAAACGAAGUUUUCAACUUCCUGUCAGUUGCAUUGGACAUCGUGAAAAAAAAUUUUUAUAGGGACGACACACUGGUCUUGGUAAGCGACGUGGUACAGCCAAUGCCCGUAUGCCGGAAAAGACCAUGUGGAUUCGACGCAUGCGAGUACUGAGAAACUUGCUCCGUCGUUACCGUGACGCUAAGAAGCUUGACAAGCAUUUGUACCACGAGUUGUAUUUGCGUUCGAAGGGUAACAACUUCAAGAACAAGAAGAAUCUCAUCGAGUACAUCUUCAAGAAGAAGACUGAGAACAAGCGUGCUAAGCAAUUGGCGUAAGUUAUUGUUGAUUCAUUUGUGAAGUUUGCAAGCCGUCUUUGAAUAUGGAUGUUCUUUUCAUUUUUCUCAUUUCAGUGAUCAAGCCCAGGCUCGCCGUGACAGAAACAAGGAGACCCGCAAGCGACGAGAAGAACGCCAACAGAUUAAGCGAGCUGAACUUAUCAGCAAGAUUUCCCAAAGUGAAAAGACGGCGUCCAAGUAA